AGGUGGUGGAACGAAACCUCUGUUCCUGGUCUGAAUUCCGAAUCCCAAAUUCAAACCAGAAACAAACACAUUUUUCUCCUCAUUUCUCAUGGCUGCACCAACAGCAACUCCCCCUGCUUCAUUCCCACUCUCACCUACUAACCGAAUCACCAAAUCAAGAAUUCCCCAUGCAACACAGAGGGGGACAAGGCACGUACGCCGCUGCACCUUCCGAGUCCAGGCCGUGCAGGGCCCAACUCCCAGCAGCGAAAAGAGGCGGCAGGCGCCACCUGGAGUCGACACAAGAAUCCACUGGGAGAGCGAAGACGAAGGAUGGAUCGGGGGCAGCAGCUCACAGGAGCAGCCCAAAGACGAAGACGACUUGCUCGGGGAGAAAUUCUCCGAGCUGCUCAACAGCUCAACUGAUUCAUAUUACCAGUUUCUGGGAGUGCCUGCAAACGCUGACGUCGAAGAAAUCAAGGCGGCCUACCGGAGGCUGUCGAAGGAAUACCAUCCGGACACAACUGUGCUUCCUCUGAGAACAGCCUCGGACAAGUUCAUGAAACUAAGAGAGAUCUACAAUGUGCUGAGCGAUGACGAGAAGCGCAGGUUCUAUGACUGGACGCUGGCUCAGGAGGCAGCGAGCCGGGAAGCAGAGAAGAUGAGGAUCAAGCUGGACGACCCGUACAUGCGAGAGGUGCAGCAAUAUGAGUCCGUUCCGGAUAUGGUGGAUCGGUUGGGGGGGAGGAACAUGGAGCUCAGUGACCAGGCAACACAAGCUCUAACUUUUGAUAUUUUGAUCAUUCUCUUCUCUAUAUGUUGUCUAAUAUAUGUUGUCUACUUCAAAGAGCCCUACUAGUUCAACACCUUCAAACAAAUACAACCAUUUAUACAGAUCAUUGUACAUUGAAAUUGGUCAA